AUGUCAGCCCCUUCACGGCAAGGUAAUGUGAGAUUCAAAGUUUCGAAUCUGAGCAGUGCGACUUACUAUGUGCCAAUGGUGCUAGCAACUGGGCAGAGAGAAAAGGACCUAGUCAAGGAGGCGUUCAAUGAGCGAGUCGCUGCACUGAAAACAAAUUUUGAAGCGCAAGUCUCGGCCAUUGCACUCGAGUUUUCCCGUCGUGGUCAUCACUAUUCCCAACGUCAAAUUCGAACCCAGGUGAUCUACAAGUUGUCGAAGCCAAAGAAGACGCGCAAGCCAAUGAUUCCCAAUGCUUGGGCUCAUGCUGAGGCCCAGGCACAACGCCUGAAAGACGGUAGAUUGGCACAGCUGCCUUACAAGAAGGAAUAUGUUCAGAUCCUCGAAGAUAUCAAUGAAAAGAGAAUCACGUACCAGGAUGUUCAGAACCCGGUGACCUCGACAGAGGAAUACAAUGCUCAAGUCAUCCUGGAUGGUGUUAUGGUGAAAAGGCAGAAUCGUGCGUUGAAGGAAACAAUCAUCUCACCUGAGCUAUCCAUGAACUCGAUCGCAACUCACGCGCGGGAUGAGCUGAUAAACAUCGGGAAAAUGGCUCACCAGUCAUGUGGCGUCGAGAUCCUCAUCAUGAUGACUCGAGGGCAUCGUGAUGACUUAUUCACACCGGUAUUCUGGGCAACAGAUAAAGCAAAGAGCUACUGGGGUGCACUGAAAAACAUUGAUAUGGAAUGGCAUCUUUGCGUUAUGGAAGCACAUGCAAUCGGCAUGUUAGAACCCAUGGCCCAAACCUUCAAGACAAAGGCUGUUACCUUACGCCGUGAAGUGGCAGAGGCAACCAGGCUCGGCCUCCGCAAGAUAACAGAAAAACCUAGAUUAUCAAUGGAGUGGCGGCCUGAGAAUUAUUUGAGGCUAAUGACCAAACACCGUGUUGCGAUUGACAUGUCCAGUUAUCCGGGUGGCACACUGGUCGAACCUAAAAAUGCAAAUGUUGACCAUCUGCGUCAAGUGCUCGAUGGAUGGAACAAGGGAGACAUCAAGUGGGUCGCGUUAACAUCAGAUCAAGUGGAGAAGAAGUGCGAAGAGCUUGCGUCACUUACCUCGAACAAAGCGAACAACGCCGAUGUGACUGCGACACAAGAAAGAAUGCCUCAAGCUGAAUCGUCGAUCGCGAGGGAGUGUAGAAAUGGAGAGGGAGAGGUGGGGAUGUCUGAGAAUGCCGCAGUGGCAUCUGUGGCUUCGGCUACGACCCCAACACCUCCUCAACCCAACGCCACCCAAUUCUCAGCGGUGACGAACGAUCAAGUGAAGACCACCAGUCGAGGUUCCAAACGUAAAGCGACCCAGACGUCGAAACCACGGAAGAGGAGACAGCGUGCACCAGCUAGCGCUGAGAACGAGGGCUUGCUGAGCUAG